GGGGCCGGCGUGAGGAGGGGCCCGGGAGCCGGCGGGGGAGGCUGACAUCACCGCGGCGGCGCCCUUUAAACCCCUCUUCCAGCCCAAGCCGCAUCCCGUCUGCCCGAGCUCAGACCCAGACUCAGCUCUCCUCCCCGCGAGCCAGCCAGGAACCCCCUCUGCUUUCAACAUGGCCAACAAGGGUCCUUCCUACGGCAUGAGCCGUGAAGUGCAGUCCAAAAUUGAGAAGAAGUAUGAUGAGGAGCUGGAGGAACGGCUAGUGGAGUGGAUCAUAGUGCAGUGUGGCCCAGACGUUGGUCGCCCAGACCGUGGGCGCCUGGGUUUCCAGGUGUGGCUCAAGAAUGGUGUGAUUUUGAGCAAGCUGGUGAACAGCCUGUAUCCUGAGGGCUCCAAGCCAGUGAAGGUGCCCGAGAACCCGCCCUCCAUGGUCUUCAAGCAGAUGGAGCAGGUGGCUCAAUUCCUGAAGGCGGCUGAGGACUAUGGGGUCACCAAGACUGACAUGUUCCAGACCGUUGACCUCUUUGAAGGCAAAGAUCUGGCAGCAGUACAGAGGACUCUGAUGGCUUUGGGCAGUUUGGCUGUGACCAAGAAUGACGGGCACUACCGUGGAGAUCCGAACUGGUUUAUGAAGAAAGCCCAGGAACAUAAGAGGGAAUUCACAGAGAGCCAACUGCAGGAGGGGAAGCAUGUCAUCGGCCUUCAGAUGGGCAGCAACAGAGGGGCCUCACAGGCUGGCAUGACAGGCUACGGACGGCCUCGGCAGAUCAUCAGUUAGAGGGACAGGGUCAGCCCUGAGCCCAUCUUUCCCAGCUUUCCGGCUGCAGGGUUCUGCUUAGUCCGUCUCACACACACCUGUGCAGGUUCUUAGCCCUGGCCAAGCUUUGAAUGUCACUGGGUAAAGGUGACUGCACACAGGUAGCUCCUCCCACUGCCUAACUUCGGCCCAGCUUCUUACCCCAAAGCACCACUGUCCUGGUCCCUUCUCCCAGCUGCACCCCACUUCUGCUGUCUCUCCCAUCCUGGGCUAAGCAGUGGGAAGUGGGCUGGGGUAGCCUGGGUGUGCGGCCAGCCCACUGUCCUUCUUGGUAUCAAGUGCCCUUUGAAGGAGACUCAGCCCAGCCUCUCCAUCUUUUCCUGGAAUAUUUUUGGAGUUUAAAUUCAAAGAGUAAAAAAAAAAAAAAAUAAUCCUUCUUUUCUCAG